AUGAGCUCCAGACCCAGCUCUGGCCCGAACACCAAGCUGGCCCACAGGAGAACGGAGUCCAGCGGGCACCACCGGCACAGCUCCGGCAGCUUCGGCCAGAACCGGUCAGAGUCCGGCCAUAGCUUGAAUUCCAACUCCCCGGGCUACCACAAACAGGCUCGACACAGGUCCAAAACGAGCAUAGGCGACGGCGAACCGGAGAAGGAAAAAUCACCUACACCGAGGCUGUCGCUGAAACUCGACUUUCAACCUCUACAACAAGAGAACUACUGUCCCGCUCGGCCCACCUCUUUGUACCCUCUCAAGUCGAACGAUAGCGGUAUCAUAGGGCACGAUCCCCUGCAGCCCGAACGGGAGCCUUUGAGAUUCGACGUGAACCUUGUAGGGGCCCCGCCUGAAGUCGAACAACUGGUAAACAACAUCAAGCAAGUCGCCGAACAGUUUUUAUAUCAUUGGAAAACGUUUCCUAUAAUUCUUCCUAGUCCUGUAUCGCAUUGUGAUCUCCUAGUAACAUCUCAGGUGUCCUCCGACGGGUCUCUAGGUCGCUGCAAGACCAAGUACCAUCUCAGAGAUCUGUUCAUAGCGCCAUCGUUCGAUGAAUUAGAUGCUGUUGCUGUGGAUGGUAAAGGGGAACCCCGAAGGCUAACUGGGAAACAACUGGAGUAUAUCAGAGAAAGGGGCUUGCACAAGGACAAAUUCGGAAAACCGAAAAGAUUGAACCAGGAACAACUUGAAAGUAUUAGAUUUCAUGGCGUUUUCGAGGUCGAAUCCCUGAAUUUCCCCGGCCAAAAGCACAGGUGGAGGUUGUCCCAGUUGUUGCAGAAAGGGUUGCUGAACAGCCACGACUCGUUGCUCAACGACUUGGCUUUGGCGUUGAGAUUCAUCGUCGUGACGGCCAGAGGGCGGUUGUUGUCGCAUUUUUUCAGCGUGUCUCAGGCGGCUAAAGCGCUACUGGUGGGAUUCCUGAGGUUGAUCGAUCUCCUCAUCGGCAUACCCAGUCUACAAGCGCACAAUUUGGACGCCAAACUCAGAGAGGAGAGGAACAAAUAUCUUGUUGCUGAACUGGUUUGUCGCCCUGAAAAUGAGGAUUCGUUGGAGAUUAUUUGCUCGUUCAUCCGGAAGCAGCUCAGGCGGGCGGCUACGGAGAAAUUCGAGGUUGCCAGGGAGUGCUCGCAGCCGCCGGUGUCCGUUCCGUACAAAUUCAAAACGCCGUCCGGCUCCGAACUCGACCUGCGACUGUGGGACAGAGGCCUGAUGAGGAAGCUCCUGCCGAUUUUGGUGGCGAUUCUCGAGCGAGAAACGCGCGGCUGGUUCCUGCAUUUCCGAGAAAGACUCAUCGCCGAAUUGCGCACGCAAAAAAUGCCCGACGAGGAUAUCGAAAGAGAGGUCAACGAGGCCGUCAUGAAAGAGUACCUGCAACGGGUCUACAACAGCAUUCUAUCGCACUCCGAUAUCAUGGCUUUGGGCGAGGACUUCGGGCAGCUGCUGGUCCAGCAGGCCCAGAGCGUCGUCCUGAUGCACCGGGCCGUCGAGAACGUGCAACAUCGCCUGCACAAAUCCCAGGAGGAGGUCAGAUCGAGGCUGUGCGGCUACCAUCCCGUUCUCUCGCGAAUCGGACCGUGGACGCGCGCCAAACUGCGCGCCGCCGAGCAGAAAUUCAGCCAAGAGAACCAGUGGAGCGCCCACGAAGAGGCCCUCAUGUUGUGCAACUCGCAGAGGCUGUUGCAGACCGUCUACUUUUUGAAUAGGGAUUUGUCGUUCAUGAAAGAGCGCGAGCCAGCGUUGCUGAGGGAGUUGAGGAAGGAUAAAAUACCGACGAGGAGUUUCUUGUGGCCCACGCAAAUCUGGCUGCCGAAGAAUUGGAUAGUUCGGAGGAAUUUUCAGGGCCAAUCGGAGGUGGUUCCCACUGUGCUCAGUAAACAAGCCACCAGCAUCACAACGCCCAGAUCCGAUCCCAGUCAACCGGUGUUUUUGGUGGAGAAAGAAACCGUUCGAACAACCACCACGCGCUGGCCGCUGUGGCGCAUCUUCAACUACUUCCACCGCACGUGGUGCUGGACCUGGAACGCCAUGUUCUUCUUCGGCAUAGUGUUACCGUGGUGUAGCCCCGUCGGGCUGCGGGCGCUCUUCUGCCUGGAGCCCUUCAUGGCCGAUUUGGAGCUGUCCCAAGUCAACGGUACGCUGUUUCCGCGCAAGAGCAGCCUGACGCCGACGUUGAUGUCGCGAUUGUUGAGCCUGUGGCGGCACAUAUCGAAGAGUCGGACGCACUUCGAGACCAAACCGGACACGGGCUUCAUCGGCAAAGGACUGACGAGGCAUCUGAAUCGGAUUUGGAAUUACUUCGUCAAAGGGUUGUUCGGAACGGCUUUAAUCGUCAUCGUGCUGCCUAUAGUUUGUUUUAUCGUCACGUUUUCGAGUCUGUUCGUCGCCGUGACUUCGGUGGCUUGGAUGCCGCUGCUGACGCUAUCAGUACAAGUCAUCAAUCUUCUGAUAUACGAUUUGGACAGCCCCGAACAGGAGAGAAACCGGUUCUUAGUCAUCUUCGAAGCGGUCGUGUGGAACAUUCUUAUACAGGGCUGUCUUCAGCCUUUAUUGGCCGUUUUUGUGGCAGCUAUCGUUUGUCCGGCUGUAUCUCUCAUUAUUUUAGCAGGGGGUUUCGUACGCUACUGGUUGCGGCUGCUCUGGGACGCUUUCAUAUUCCACGCUCUCAUAAAAAAACGCGGUCGUAUUCCCGCUAGCGACAGUUUCGCUGUUAAGAGAAUAGCAGGACCGGGCUUGGCAGCGGAUUAUUACUUCCAAAUCAGCCCCGAGCAAGCGUUGGCAGCGUUCGAAGCCAAAAUGGAAUGGGACGAGCUGGCCGCCUAUCAAUCCGUCAUCGAAGCUACGAUAAUGCAACCGCAGAAGGACUUCAGCCACUUCAUCGAAGCGUGCUUCGGCAGCUUUUCCGCGCAGCUGGCCAAGAACGGGGCCUACAAAGUUUUGGAGAAGGAAUCGCAAGACCUGAUGGUGAUCUUGCACGAGAAGCUCGAAAAGAGGCGGCGAGAUUUGCAAACUGGACUGAGCGUUUCGGUCAAAAGCAAGGUGAAAUUGAGCACGCCGGAUUUGAAGAUCGCCAUACAACAAGGCGCGUUGAUGUUGGAGCGUUUCUAUCCGAAGCACAUCAUACCGAAGCUGGGAUGUUCGGAGGACCAGUUUUGGGACAGCAGAGUACUGAGCCCCGGCGAUUGGGCCGGUUUGGCCGGGCUGUUGUACUCCGAGUUGUUCAGUUUGGAUAUUUUGACGCCCUUGGAUCAUACGGACACGAGCUUCAGAUUGGAUUCGCAUCCUCAAGUCGACCUGUCUAGGUACACGGAGAUGGUUAAGUGCGCGCAAUUAGGUGCCGGAGGGCCUGAUUUGUUAGGCAACGUGUACGCUCCGAGAGGGAACAUUCAAGUGCAUUCGCCCUAUUUGGACGUGUCCGCUUUCAAUCCUCGAUCGAAGCUGACGGCGACGGGAAGAAAGGCGGAGAAAAUCGAAGAUACAUCGACGGCGCUGAGCUCCUUGAGAUCGAACUACAAGACGCUGUGGACGCCGUGGAAGAAACACAACCGUCCGUACUCGCCCGAUAAAAUGAUGAUACCGCUGCCGAUUCCCCAUCCGGCGCACAUCGCGGUGACGAUCUACAAUCGAGACUCGGACGAUCCCAUUCCGCUGGAGUCCGAUAUUUGCCAGAGCGUCCUGAGAGGCAUCGAGGAAAGUCACGUAUCCCCCGACGACAGCGGUAUCGGGAGAUUCAAAGCGGGCGCGGACUCUUUCAGAGGCACCACCAGCUCCAGUUCGGACACUCUGGACAGUCAACCGAUCGAAGAGUCAGCGAACGAAUCGUCCGAGGGGGUUUACAGGUGGACGCUGAGCAACUGGGGCGGUCGCAAGCGACAGAAUUCGGGCAGCGUGCGCGUCGAUCUGGCCAGUCCCGAGGACGUCACCUUAGACAGCGAUAGCACCAGAGUCGUUUUUUGUACGUACGGAACGACCGUUUGA